CGGGUCUGGCGGGGACCUUCGGGCAGGAGGAGGGGGCUGCCGGUCUGAGGAGCGGGGGAGGGAAGCGUCGGCUCCAUGUCUCCGGCUCUGGGGUGGCGGCUGAUGGGCGGGGGGUUCAGGAGGAACUGGUCCCCCCGUGACCCCCAGCCACAGCACCAUCCCCUUCCACGGUACCGACCCCGGCUGGAGACAGCGGCCUGGAUGGAGAACCGAGAAGUGGAGCUGCUUGCUGUCACUGCAAGAAAGCGACGUCGUGGAAGGAAGAAUGACGUGGGGCUGGUCCCUAGGCUGCACCUGGGCCACAAAGGGUUACGCAAGGCACCCUGUAGUGACACUGCUGCCACCAGCCCGGGAGCUCUGCUCCUUCCUGAUCGGAUCCGAGGCUCGCCUGAAGCGGGACUGAGGAAGGAGCCAGUGGCUGCAAAGAGGAGCAGGAGCCAAUCUGUACCCCCAGACACCGGGCAGGGGCAGCCACACCACCCGGCUGCCGCGGUCACCGUCCCUCGCUUGUGUUGGCGGAUGGGCACCAUGGAGGAGAUGGUGAUCUGGGAGCAGCACACGGUGACACUGAGCAAGGACCCUCAACGGGGCUUUGGCUUUGCUGUCUCUGGAGGCCGGGACCGUCCCAACAGGGUGACUGGGGACACAGCAGUGGUCAUUUCGGAUGUGGUGGCUGGAGGACCUGCAGUGGGACGGCUCCAGAAGAAGGAUCUCAUCGUGAUGGUGAAUGGCAUUUCCAUGGAGAACGUCUCAUCCUCCUUUGCCAUCCAGACACUUAAAACCUGCGGCAAGACUGCCAACAUUACACUGAAAAGACCAAAGAAAGUCUACCUCCCCACGAGCAAGAGCAGCCCUGGGACCCCCACCGUGCCCCGGCGCUAUGACUCAGAUGAAGAUGAUGGGCCACAUGGUGUGAAUCCAGCCCUGCACCGCUCACGGGAUGACCUGGACCACAACCAGGGCUACGAUGGAGACUCAUCCAGUGAGAGGAGCUCUGGUCACCACCGAGAUGACCGUCGCCAACACAAGCUGGUGUCCCGGAGCUGGAGGCGAAGCCAGGACAGCAGCCACUGGAGGCAGAGCCCUGGCAGUGGCUUGGAUCAGAGGGGCUACAGCCGACACCACUCCACCAAUGGCUUUGGUCAGGAGUGGGACCCCAAUGGGCUGGCCUUGGUGUCAGGCUUCAAGCGGUUGCCACGCCAGGAUGUGCCAAUGAAGCCCAUCACGUCGGUCUUGGUGAAGCAGAAGCAGAAUGAAGAGUAUGGCCUGAAGCUGGGAAGUCAGCUCUUCAUCAAACACAUCGUGGAGAGUGGGCUGGCGGCCAAGGGAGGCUCCUUGCAGGAGGGAGAUCUCAUCCUGAAGAUUAAUGGGAUGGCCAGUGAGGACAUGUCCCUGGCUGACACCCAGCAGCUCAUUGAGCAGACAGAGGGAACCCUGACCCUGCUCAUCCUCCGGGACCACCGGCAGUUCCUGAUCAACAUCGCUGAUGCAGAAGACAUAGAGAGUGACAGCUCCAGGAUGGAUGAUAUCUCUGACAUUGACUCCGAGCUGUCCCAUCCACCAUCCCCACAACCUCCAGCUUCUGCUGAGAUGUGUUCAACACCGGAGAGAAGGCGAUCGAACGUGGAACCUGGAGUUGAUGUGAUCAGGGCUGAUGCCCGAGGCCCUGACCUGCGGAGAGACCUGCGGAGGGAUGGCAGCCCCGCUGCCCGAGCUGUCCACAGGGAUGGGUACAGCGCCAACUCCAAGGUCGUGCACUUUGUGAAGGGCAAGAGUGUGGGGCUGCGUCUGGCUGGUGGGAAUGAUGUGGGCAUCUUCGUGUCGAGUGUGCAGGAGGGAAGCCCAGCAGACAGCCAGGGCAUCCAGGAAGGGGACCAGAUCCUGCAGGUGAAUGACACCAGUUUCCAGAAUCUGACCCGUGAGGAGGCUGUGGAGUAUCUCAUGAGCCUGCCACCAGGCAAGGACAUCACACUGUGGACCCAGAGCAAACAAGACAUUUACAGGAAGAUGAUCUCAUCGAGUGUGGGUGACUCAUUCUACAUCCGGACACACUUUGACUUUGAGAAGGACACACCAUCGGGGCUCAGCUUCAUCCGUGGGGAUGUGUUCCAUGUGCUGGACACCCUGUACCGGGGCAGGCUGGGGAACUGGCUGGCUGUGCGUAUGGGCAGAGACCUGCAGGAGCAGGACAAGGGCAUCAUCCCCAGCCGGAGCAGGGCUGAGCAGAUUGCCAGUCUGGAGUCAGAGCUGAAAGCCACGUCUGGUGCCAACCCCUCUGGGGCACGGGCUGAGUUUUGGAAGCUGCGGGGCCUGCGGGGAGCUAAGAAGAUUCUGCAGAAGAACCGUGAGGACCUGUCUGCCCUGACAAAGCAGGGCCACUACCCACCCUACGAGAGGGUGGUCCUGAAGGAAGCCAGCUUCAAGCGGCCGGUGGUGAUCCUGGGCCCCGUUGCAGACAUUGCCAUGCAGAAGCUGAGCACAGAGCUGCCUGAGCUGUUUGAGAUAGCCCCGAGCGUGCCCCGAGAUGGAGCAUCGUCCAAGGUCAUCAAGUUGGACUCCGUACGGCAGAUUGCAGAAAAGGACAAGCAUGCCUUGCUGGACAUCACGCCCUCGGCAGUGGAGCGGCUCAACUAUGUGCAGUACUACCCCGUGGUGGUGUUCUGUGAGCCUGAGAGCCGGCAGAGCAUCAAGGCCAUGCGCCAGUGGCUGGCACCCGACUCCAGGAAGAGCUCCCGGCGCCUCUACGCCCAGGCCAGCAAGAUGAAGAAGUACUGUAGCCACCUCUUCACUGCCACUGUCAGCCUCAGUGGCAUUGGCAACGCUUGGUAUGACAGGAUCAAGGACAUCAUCAGGACACAGCAGAGCCAGCCUGUCUGGACGGCAGCAGAGCAGCUGGGGUCCCAUGUCUCUGUCAUCCCCACCUCACAGGCAGAUGUGGCACUGGAGGACAGUCUGGAUCUGCUCAACCCGCCGAGCAUGACGGCCUCAGGGUACCUGACCUGUGACAGUCACGCCAACAGUGACUACGAUGACACAGAUGGUGAGGUGGAGGAUGCCUGUGACCAGCCCGGGCUGCCCCGCUCCUCUGAGCCAGCACAGACAUUCCCAAACCACGGCCUGAGUAGGCAGGUGAUGGAGCAGCAGCAGGGUUGGCACUACGACAGCUUCGACAGCAUCAGGGAAUACGAGCAUGAUGCUGUGAGGAAGAGGUUCCUACAGGCCAGGGAUGACUCAGACCAGGAUGAUGGCUACCAGUGGGGCCCAGCUACAGAUGUGUAGCAGCACCACUGCUGUAGCAGCCCCACCCCACUGGAUCCAUGUCAGUCCAGAUAGUGCUAUGCAGCACCCCAUGACCAGGCUGGGCUGGCCCUAAUCCUGUGUACCCCUCACCACCACCAAGUGCCUCCUCUCCAUUUUUCACCAGGAAUAAAAGGGAUGUUUU